GGCCCCGGGGCGCUCUGCGAGCGGCUCGGUCCCGGGGGUUCAGUUGCCGUCCGUCCCGGCGAGGAGCAGCGGUGCUGUUGUCCCGGCGGGUAGGGAGGGGCAUGCGUGGAUUUGCAGCCGGGGUGGCGGGAGGUGCGCCCGAGCGCGGCGGCAGCGCCCUCGGACCGUGGACUGCCUGGAGUCUCUCGGCAAGGAGGAGGCCUCGAAAAGGAGGCGGAUGGUGCCAGGCGCCUCAGGAUGGUGUCAUACAGGACAAGAUGGUAGCGUUUGAAGAGAUGGGGUUGUUAUUCCAGUGUUGUGAUGGAAUCCAAUUCUGUGUAGAAUCUGCACUCGAAUCAAGAGCCAUGUGGUCAGCUGAUGAAAUCGCUGGGCUAUGUUACCUGCAUUACAGGACCAGACUUCCUAAGCAGGGGAAGCCAGAUCCAAACAGGGAAUGGACUUCCCUGGCAGCUGUUGUCAAAGUGGAAUCUGCAGGCCAAAGAGAGGAUCUUGAUGGUCCAGGAAACUUGCAGGUAACUAAGGAAGUUGUUGCUAUGGGAACUGGAACAAAAUGUAUUGGCCAAAACAAAAUGCGAAAAACUGGAGACAUUCUGAAUGACAGCCAUGCUGAAAUUGUGGCCAAGAGAAGCUUCCAGAGGUAUCUUCUCCAUCAAUUGUGGCUUGCCACUUCCCAUCAGCAAUGUAUCUUUAGUCCGGGAACUGAAACUGGGAAAUGGAAACUCAAACCAAAUAUCAUAUUUAUUUUCUUCUCCAGUCAUACCCCAUGUGGAGAUGCUUCUAUUUUUCCAAUCAGUGAACCAGAGAACCAGCUUUCUAAGCCAGUGACUGAAGGUUAUACAGCUGGACAAGCAGCAGAAUGUAGAAGUAACCAUAAUCACUUAUGUCCAGAAGAUAAAAGAAAAUCAGAGAAGAUGGCAAGGAAUUAUAUAAUCAAGAGGAUGAAAACUGAUGAUGGUGGUUGUUCUUCUGUAAUCACUGAAGACCUGGGUGUUCAGCAUGAAUCUGUGGAACGAGAAGACAACACAAAUCAAAAAAGCUAUGAAUGUUCUGCAGAGAUGCAAAUAGCUAAUAAGGAGACUGGCUUAGUGAGACCAAUGCUAGUAGAUGUUCACAGAACUGGAGCAAAAUGUGUACCUGGAGAGCUGGAUGAUUCCCGAAUGCCUGGGCUGGGGUACCACUGCGUGGGAUUAUUACGAGUGAAGCCAGGUCGAGGAGACAGAACAUGCUCUAUGUCCUGCAGUGAUAAACUGGCUCGCUGGAAUGUGUUAGGGUGUCAAGGAGCUCUUCUGAUGCAUUUUCUGCAGUAUCCAGUGUAUCUCUCAGCAGUUAUAGUGGGGAGGUGUCCAUAUAGCCAAGAAGCUAUGCAGCGAGCAGUUAUUGAAAGGUGUCAGCACAUCUCAUCUUUACCAGAUGGUUUUCUCACUCAGGAGGUUAAGCUGCUGCAAUCAGAUCUUCAGUUUGAACAUAGCCGUCAGGCAAUUCAGGAAGUUCAAACUAACAGCAAAACAAAACUUGUUCCCUGUAGUGCAGCUAUCAGUUGGAGUGCAGUCCCUGAACAACCUCUGGAUGUUACCUCAGAUGGUUUCCGCCAGGGAACAACAAAGAAGGGGAUUGGGAGCCAUCAGAGCAGAUCCAAAAUCUGUAAAGUGGAAUUCUUCCAUAAAUUCCAAAAGCUGGUGGCAAGUAUUUCACAAGAGGAUCUACCAGACACUCUACGUUCACAGUAUGGAGGAUUCAGUUCCAGAUCCAGUACAGAUAGUGGGGUUCUGUGACCAUUCCACUGGCCAAGUGGGGAAGAGUUCUAGUGGGGCCCUUACGUGGGACUUUUGAGAGCAGCUCACAGGUUAGUUUCACUGAGUAUGAUUAAUGUGAAAGAGGUGGAGAAAGCAAAAUGGAUUGACUGUGAUAAGAGUGCAGGACAGGUUUUUUAAGAGAGAAUAUAUCUCCCGUAUUCAGCAAUGGCCUAGACAGGUGCUCCACUCUUGCACCUUUCUGAACGCAAGGUUUGAAGGAUAGGUAAUAUGGCUUGCAAUAAAUUCAUGGCAGAAUGCUGAAUGCCUCAAACACAGCUUCUGAUGGUCUGCUGUUGUGGUAGAACUGUGGGGUUUUUUGGGGGUGAUCAUUAUUGCCUUUGAGCCCAAAAGACUGUUUUAGAAGUUAGUGCAGUAGUUCUCAGACCUCACAGAUUAGGGCUCCUAUAGUAGUUUGGCUCUUUCUCUUUCUUGGUGAAGGUCAUGUUGCCUAUGAUCUUCCCUUCAUAUUGGGUUUAAUGUAUAGACAUUGCCUAUCACAUGUGGCAGACAGCUGUUUUGGCAAAGGAAGGUGAAAGAGGCUGGGGACAGAAUGCAAGGAAAGGAAAAAAAAAAUCUUGAUGAAGUUGUCUUACAGGCACUUUUGUUCAGAUACUCUAGACCUGAAUUUUCCUGUUUCAAAAAUCAUUGGUAUAAUGUACUCAGCAGAGUGACCAGUUGUUCUGCUGAGAUCAUGGAGCAUAGUUGCUACUUGAGGAAGAAGAAUAACACCAAAACUGAUGUGUCUCUUUUGCUUUAAGGAAAGAAAAGAGAGUAUUUUCUCCUUUGUCUCAUUCUUCUCUGUUAGUUUUUUGUUAAAAAAGAAAAA